AUGACCCAGAAGUUAAAGGCUGCCGUGGCACAAAAGCGGACUCGCUCCUCCGUGGAGUCCACCCUCGCCGCACUCAAGCAAGUUACCCAACAUGCCGCUUCCCAAGGUGUAAAGCUUCUGCUAUUACCAGAGACCUAUCUUGGUGGAUACCCUCGUACUUGUGAUUGUGGAACUGCAGUGGGCGCCCGCACUCCCCAUGGCCGGGAACAAUUCCUGCAGUACUUCAAGUCGGCGGUGGAUCUCGGCGAUACGCCUGCCGGAGCUGGUGAUGACUGGAUUGACCGCACGCUUCCAGUGGCUAAGGGAUCUGAUUGUCGUGGCGAUGGCACAAGAGAGUUUCUCGAACAGGUUUCUCGAGAAACGGGUGUUUUCAUCGUUACCGUGUUGAUUGAGAAGGCCAGCGAUACUUUGUACUGCUCCGCUAUUUACGUCGACCCGUCGUCUGGUGUUCUUGGAAAGAGAUGGAAGGCCAUGCCGGCAAGUCAUGCUGCAUUUGAGCGUCUUAUUUGGGGCCAGGGCUCACCGUCCAGUCUCCAGGCUGUAACCACCGAGAUUGAUGGUGUCAAGCUCACCAUUGCUGCUGCUAUCUGUUGGGAGAACUUCAUGCCCCUGCUCCAGCACAGUCUGUAUUCGCGAAAUGUGAACAUCUAUCUUACAUCCACUGCGGAGAGUCGAGACACUUGGCUGCCUCUCAGGCGGACUAUCGGUGGAGAGGGCCUCCUCGCGGGUCCAUUCUGGGAAACAUCUCAUGAUGAUCCUCUUGACGCAUCAGGGGUCAAUGAGGCUCCUGAGAAGGACGGACUCUUAAUCCACGAGAUUGAUGUGGAGGAUUGCGAGCGCGGUAAGCUUGACAUGGACGUUGCGGAAAGUUCCUCAAGGAAUGACUCCUUCAAAUUGACAGUCGAGGGGUUGGGCUUGAACCUGCCGCCAUUUUGA